UAAUAAAACGAUCUGUUGCCUGGCCCUUGUCUUCUGUUGUUACAUUUGGUGUCGCUGCCUACCGACAAAUGAAAAGCCUAUACCCUGCAGUUUUUGAUGGAGACAUAUGGAUCUUCGGGCAGGACUUCAAGGCUUCUGCGCAGUUGAGUGGCGUUCAAGAUCUGUCAGCGAUGGAGCUGCUACUUGAGACGCUGCUGGGAGGUCGGGCGAAAGCAGCAUAUGAAGGUGUGGGCCGAAGUAUGGACGAAUGUUCGACAGGGUCAGGCAAACAGUUUCCAAAGUGGGAAGGACCAUAUAUGGUCACUUCGAGAUGGGGUUACGCAGACACAGUCGCAAUGGCGAACAAUGAGAGGCGCGUGAACGUCAGCGAGCUCCAGAAAUGGAUACAGCGAGACAAGCCAACGAUGACGCCUGCACCAAGUAGAUCAAGCCGACUUCAGUCGCACGUAUUUGACGGGGGACGAGUGUGGUGAGAGCAGGCUGCUAGCCGAUUGGUUGGCACUAAUCUACGUUAAGGUCUAGGUCACUAAUAUGGGCCGUGAGAAAAUAUGAACAAGCCUGAGUCAACAACCAAUCACAGCAAAGUUAACGUGGCAGAAUAUGAUUCGCAGAGAGAACUCUAUUUGUCAAGGAAUCCCGAAACAACCAAUCAGAAGCCUGCGUUUGUCUACCUAAACAACCAAUCAGAUGACUGCGCUUGUCUAUAAUAAUGUAGUUGAAAGAUGUAUAAAUACGUGUUGAUUUUCAUAAUAAAACGAUCUGUUGCCUGGCCCUUGUCUUCUGUUGUUACAAUGGUAGCUAAUCGUAAAAUAGUU